UACUUCAUCUUAUAGUUCAAAAAGUAGAAAUCUCACCAUGUUUACGAGAGUUUCAAACAUCCUUUGUGUACUAUUGAUCACGAAUUUGAUUUUUUCCAUUAAAGCCGAAAGUGAAUAUUUAAAAUUACUCGAUGACGCGGAAAAAAAAUGUCAACCCGAAUUUAGUUCUUUGAUCAAUACUGCUGCAGCAGCUCCAAACAGAGGCACAGAUAAUGAUCAACAGCUCUUUGUCGACUUUGUAUGUUCAUUCGACUGUGCGUCGCAUCAAUUGGGUUUGUAUGAUAGCAACACAGGCAAGAUGAGUGAGUGCUCUGAAUCCAAUGAUUACAAUCGUCGCCAAAAGGUUUUUCAGCGAUUUUUAAACGAGAUGAAUAAUGUGGUAAUGAAUCUGGGACACUCCCGUUCUAGCAGUUCAUCCCCAAGCUCAAGUAAAAUAGUACAAUUAGUCGAAGGAGCAGAAAAAACAUGUGCAUCAAAGUAUGGUUUUACUGGAGCCAAAUCGUUAGCUUCGUGGUUCAAUCCAAUUGAACUAUUGGAUGAAUUAAUGAAAGAAUUUCAUUCAUUUCGCUGCGUGGCUGAGAAGCUCGAAAUUAUCGACAAUAAAAAUGAAAUUAAUAGUGUUGUACAAGCCUGGAUGGUGGAUUCUGAACUGGUGGACAAUGACAAGGUCAAACAAAUCAAUGGCAAAGUAAAAAGUUACCUGAAUGAUAUACCCAAAAAGGACACUAAACCUGGCAGUGACUCCAAAGAUAAAGGUUCUAAAGGUAGCAGCAACUCCAAAGAAGGCAACGAUUCCAAAGAAGGCAACGAUUCCAAAAUUGUCAACGGCUCCAAAGACGGCAAAGACACUAAACCCGGUAAUAGCUCUAAAAUUGACACAACCACAGAAAAACCGUCAACCGAAAAAGCCAAUAGCGGAGUUUCACAACUUAAUCUCCCAUUUGAAUCGAUUAUAAUGCAGAUCUUUUUGAUUGCAUUAGCUCUAGCAUAUUCAGCGUAAGAGAAAAUUGUAUGAAGUAAGUGCCGAGAAAUCUGAAUAAUCAACAUAACCUUUUGGAUAAAAUGGGCUAUUGCAUUGCCGAGUUUUAUUUAUUUGUCGGGCUUCUCAACACCAUUGUAAAGACUCUCAAAACAAAAUAAACAUAUAUUCACUUACUAACUGAAUAAAAACCAAAUAAUCUCAUUACCUAAUUUUGUGCACUAAUUUUUGGUUCCCAUAAUAGUUUUGUGUAUGUUUUUUUGUUAUUAACGCAACUGUAGUCUUUACAUUCUCCAAUAGAAUCUUAUUAAAUCGUCUCCAUUCAAUUUUAACCUAAUUGGAUGGACAUGGACACUCAAAUCUAAGUAGAUUCGAGAAACAACAAGUGAUAGAGAUUUGUAUGAAUAUUGGAGGAUAUAAAAACAAAGAAAAAUGCGAUUGACACUUAAGUGAUGUGACUACAACUAUUUCUCAGUUCAGACCAGAUUUUCUAAAACAGAUUAUGUACUCAAUAGAAUUGUUCCUACAUAAAAAAUGGGAAAACAGUACAUGGAUCUACAGAAAAUCUACAAUUAAAGACGGUCUUUCCAAAGUCUUCUUUCACUUCGUCACAUCUACCAAGAUUUGAACAUCUAUCCAUUCAAUUCCGUAAAGUAAUAAUUGAAAUAUGUUUCUGAAUGAUGCUACAUCAUUGACGUAUUGUACAGCCCAAUAUUUUCUACAAAUAGAUGUCACGUCAAGACAUAUAACAGCCAUCGACAGCAGGAGCUGGUAACGAAAGCAGCCUAUACACAAUAUCAAAUGUGUUUUCUCACAAACCUUGCCUAUUUUCUCCUGUGCACCAGUAUGAUCAUAAUGCUAAAAUUGAUAACAAUUUUGGCAAAAUAGAUUCAAUUUGGUUAUUCAAAGAAAUAAAAUGAGUUUUUUUUUCACAUUUCUUAUAUUUUUGCAGUGCUGAUGAAUAAGCAACAAGUGACACAUAGCAAUUAAACUUGAAAGAGUAAUGCGUACAGCGAAAAUAUUCUUAAUUUAUCGACAUCCUUUGAUUGUUGAUAACUCAGUCUUCCACAAGUUCGUAAUGACCAAUUUGAGUCUCAAUUCUUGGAAAAAAAAUCGUCAAAAACGAUAAGAAAAGAGAUUGCACAUAUUUUUUGGAGUAUUUUGUUGUUCUCUCACAAAGGAUUGUGAUAAGUUUUAUCGCUAAUUUCGGUAGGACCGUUUUAAUUCGAGCACAUUCGUAAUAACUCUAUAUAAUAAAUUAAUUCAAAUCUGUUAAAAUAUUUUAAGCUUUUAUUUAAUCAAUUACGUCAUGAAUUCUAAUGAUUUGAGUAAUGUUCGGGGUAUAAAAGGACGACUCACUUGUUCAAUGAACCAGAUCAUUUUAACUUCUUAACCAAUUGUUAAUUGUUUUGGCAAUCGGAAUUGUCAUCUUCUCAUAAAAUAGCAAUUUCAAAAUGUUUGCGAAAAUUCCGACACUGUUUUGCCUUCUAUCCAUCACGAGUUUGACUCGUUCUAGUGAAGCUUCCGAAAGUGAAUUCUUGAAAACAAUCGAUAGCGUGGGACAAGAAUGUUUCAAAAAAUUAGAUUCGAGUAAGAAUGAAACCCGUAUUUUCAAUCACACCGAAAAACUUGAUGUUCCCGAAAUUGUGUGUUUAUUAGAUUGCACGGUGUCUGAAUUGGGUUUGUUGAGUUAUUCAUGUUUAAAUCAUGUUUAGCUUCAAUUUGCCUGAUUAUAUUUUUCUUUUCUCAACCAUUAUAAGAACGAUGCCAUAGUGACUGAGUGUUCUGAAACUGAUUAUAGUGUUCGCAGGAAAAAUUAGUUGAAAUGGAUUGAGAAGGAGAGGAGUGCCGUCAUGAGAAAUGGUUCUUUCUUUGCACACUUUAAGGCUAACAGUUCAAACUCGAGCAGAUACAUCCAAUUGGUCGAAGAAGCUGAACAAAAAUGCCAGUCAAAGUUUGAUAUGACUGUAACCGUAUCAUCGCUGUUCAACCCACUUAAAUGGAUGGAAGAAAUCGAGAAAAUUUCUUGUUCAUUUCACUGCAUGCUCGCAGAGCUGAAAAUUAUUAACGAAAAGGGGCUUGAUGAUACUCUGAAUAACUGGAUAAUGUAUUUGUUGGACGUUGGACCGUCAGUCAUAGAAAAAAUGAACGAAGAAAUCAUAAAGAUUGCCAUGGGAAAAUUGAACGAUGAAUGCAAAUUCAUGAAAAAGUCCAUUGGCAGCGAAGGACCAUCAACGAAAGAAUCCACCAACGGAUGUUCCCGGAUCAAUGGUCCAUUUGAAUCUACAUUGUUGCAAAUCGUUUUUAUUUCAACAAGUUUAGUAUAUUCAAUUCUACUCGCCUGAACGCAUGAGCAGAAGGUUUUUGCUAUAUCGAAGAAAACUUAAAUUCAAAACUUCAUCAUCGUGAAUCUUAAAAUGCAUUUUUAUUUUAUACCGACGAUUUUCAAUACCUAUUCCAUUUAUUCAGCAAAAAAAUGUUGAUUAGGAAUUAAGAAAUCGUAAGUCUAGGCUAAUUUUCAGCAGAAAUGUAUGAAAUCAAAAAUGAAAAAUUAAAUAAAAUGAACAAA